UGUUUGGCACAACAUCAUGGGCCGAAGGGCCUGUUCUGUGCUGUAUUGUUCUAUGUUCUAGAAUUAGUUAACUGACAAAACGAAGUAUGUGGAAUAAUGUGAUUGGCAGAUUGUGAUAAGAGAGAUACCAUAAGGAUCAAUCAAUGUUUGGGCUCCAAGUAUUGUUAUGACUGUGGAUCAUCUAUGGACAGAUCAAACUUUAAUUACAAUCUUUUUAACAAAAAAACAUAUGGGCAGAUGUUGAGUACAGAUGUAAAUUCAGUGGCUGUCUGGAAAAAGAAUUGUCUGGUGAAUUGUCACACCUGACAAAGUGUCAGGAAAGCUUCCAAGCAGUCUGGGUAAGAGACAUUUUUGUACCUUCCACUUUCAAGAAGCCAAAAGAACAGGGGUUAAAAGCCAGUUUAACUCUAAUAUGUGUGUUCUAGUGGAAGAAGGCAUGCUAGUCAGAUGAGGUGUUCCUGUGUAAUAGCCUGGGUUUGAGUGCUAGUGUAAUGUGAAGGUCACAGUCAUAAAACUAUUCACUAGUCACUCCUGUAUUACAGGCAAAGGAAACUCUUCCUCUGAGUGCUAGAAGCCAGCUACCCAGUAACCCGUCAAAAAGAAGCAGGAUAAAAGGAAGGACUGUCUCACUCUGAGUACUACACCAAUAUGAGGAAAGGAUUGAGGAAAAAGCGCGGGCUGGCUCGCUGCACUCGGAAGGAGAUCUUCUCAUUGGCAAUGCCGGAGGCGGUUCUCAGGGAAAACGAAACUGUUGUUAAUUUUGAAUUUGGAAAAGCAGCUCAGUGUGUCCUGAUUGAGUGGCGCGGAUGUGUCGCUCGGUCUCUCUGUUGGGAUUCCUUUCACAAAAGAACACCAUGACAACCGGACAGUUCCUGCUUGAGGUCCUCGAUGAACUGAGCGAAAAUGAUUUCGAAAGGUUCCGAUUCCAUCUCGAGGACAGCGCGGAAUUUAAACCGAUAGCCCGCGGGCGGUUGGAGGGAAAAUCUCGGCAGGAAUUGGCUUCUCUCCUCCAGCACAUUUAUGGAAAGCAGGCUCGAGAUAUCAGCAGAAAGGUCCUGCUUCAAAUUCCCAGGCAUGACCUAGUGGGGAAAAUGUUUGGAGACGGAGACAUGAGUGGCUCCGAGGGCACUCGAGUGCAGAGGAAGAGAGAGAGACUGAAGGACUGUGAAUCUGAUGGAGCUCUGUCUGAGCCUUCAGACAAUGAAAUGAUCAUGUCAAAGAAAAACAAGGUGGAGCCAAAGAUACUGACAGACAAAAAACUGAUGCAAUUGGCCAAAAACAUGGGGCAUAAUUGGCAGCAAAUUGGAAUCCAAUUCCUAGACCUGCAAAGCCACGAAAUUGAACAAUGUGAAGCUCAGCAGCGGUUAGUUGUCUUGCAGAGAUUUGAAAUGCUCAAACGCUGGAGAAACCGCGAAAAGGAGGGAGCCACUGCUGUCAAACUUCACUCCAUUCUUUCUAACAAGGAAUGCCCCAUUAGUUCUGCACAAUUGAAUUGUCUUCUUGAAGAAAACCCAUGACCAAAGUCAAUGAGGAGAGUACUUUGCUUUUUUAAAAAAACCUUAAAAUGUACAAAAUUUAAGAUUCAUUUAAUGUAUUUUUUUAAUUUCCAUGAUUGAUACCCAUAUCUUUUUGCAUUAAACCGAAGAUACUACUGAAAAGGAAUGAUUGAUUUAUUAUCCAUUUGCAGCAGUGGGAGCAGCGAGAACGCAGACUGGAGGCUACCGGGAAGGUAAACUUCCCUCUUAAAGACUUACCUUGUGAGGAGGUGAAGCAAAGGCUCAACAGGAGUGGACGCGGACACGGGACUUGCUGGGCACGUGAACUGAUAUUUUGGGGCCUGCAAUUAACCCCGAAAUACUACACGUUGUGCCUCCCACCCAUUC